CAUGUAUUGAUUCAAAUUUCAUUCACAAUAUUAUCGAUCACUGAAUGAUUUUGAGCGUAUUCUCUCUUCAGGAAGAGGCUAUUUACACUGAUUUAUCAUUUAGGUUGGACUUGAGUCAGCAGCAGAUGGAUAGAUUCUUCUCUCCACCCAGUGUUUCAAAAAAUAAAUUGAAACAACUGUCCAGUCAUAAAAUACAUCCUGCCGUGGACCAACUCUCUGUCCAAACAAUGGAUGAGAGCGAUGAUUCUCAUGAAGAGGUCAAAUCCAGUGUCCAGACAGUGGACAUGGCUACUGUUUUGGAAGCCAUGAAUCAUGAGAAGCAGCUAGAUGCCAUUAGAGCAGAGCUUCAGAUGGAGCCUGUGGUAGCCGAGGAGGCCUAUGCAAACUCUCAGCAAUGCCUCAGUGCAAAUCAAUUCACUCCCUCCCCCUGUCCCUCCCUUCGAUCCUCCCGUGGAGCCGAGACUGCAUCCAGUGAUACGGAUACGGAGGGCUCCACAUCGGCUUCCACCUCCCAGGAGGAAGACUAUGAGCAGCCUACUGGAUAUUAUAACAAAUAUCAGAACCUUCUCAAUGAAGCCAUGAUGCCCCCUCCUGCACCCUCUCCUCUGUCCUAUACACUGUCUGACUUCAGUGAUUCUUCAGAGGAUGGAUCAGAUUGCUCAUCUGUCAGUAGUGAGGAGUCUUUUACCGGAUAUGACACAAGUGACUCUGAUCCUCCUGUGUCUAGUCCAGUUAGGCCCAAGCAUGUGCCCGACAGAGAGCAUGGGAAACGUGACUCUGAUCCUCCUGUGUCUAGUCCAGUUAGGCCCAAGCAUGUGCCCGACAGAGAGCAUGGGAAACGUGACGAGAAGCAAUCUGAUGUGCAGACACAGAUGGAGGAAGGCAAACCGAGACGGUGGCAAAUCAGGAUGGAGGAACGAGAACUAAAACGGCAGACAAAAGGAAGCAAGCCGAGAUCGAGAGCUGAUCUGUUGGACCCGCAGGAACUACAGGAACUGCGUGAACGGUGGAUCCAGAGGCAAUUAGAGAAAGAAGCAACUCUGAAACAAAAAUUCCUGAAGUGGCUGCCCAAAGUAAAACCAGGUGAGAGGAACAAAUUUAAGUAUGUUCUGAAACCACCAGGCAGGAUUUCGAUCUUCAUAGACAAAUGCCUUAAGAUGAGGCGAUUAGGAGAAGGAAGAACGAAGAAAAAGAAGAAGAAGCAGAAAAGUAAGAAGAAAGAAGGGAAUGAGGAGGACGAGGAGGUGAAGGACAAGGACAAUGCGAAGUACGAGGAGAAGUACGAGGAGGACGAGGAGGAGGAGGAGGAGGAGGAGGCGAAAAAGCCAGGGUUCUUUGCUAAGCUCUUGGGGAAAAAGAAAAAGAAGAAAGACAUAAAUUGUGAUCAGGAGCACUUAGAAGAGGAGACAGGAGUGUCUGGAACAACAGAAGAAGAGAGAGAGGAAACAGCACUGGCCACAAAAAGGAGCCAGAAAAAGCCAGGCUUUCUUUCGAAGCUUUUUGGCAAAAGAAAAAAUAAGAGGAAAGGAUAUCAGGAGCAGUUAGAGGAGGAGGCAGAAUGGCUCAGAAUGACACAGAUAUGAGGCAGUGCUGGUAUUGUGAACGGAGAUCAAAAUGGUAAUAUUUUCUACUGAGGUAUUAUCCCAUGGGUGAGUAUGUGUCGGUAUAAUGUAUUAUGAUGAUAUUUGUUCCUGAUCGAUGUUUCGUAUCAACUUUCUCAAUUAAGUUGAACCGUUGUCCUAGACUGGCUCUUUUCACAGAUUACAUGUUACAUCAUCUAGUCUGUAGGCAGUGGUGGAGUAGAGCAUAUAGGCCAGUAUAAUCUAAUGGGCUUCGCUGGCAUCUGGAAAGUAACUCUGUCUCUCUACAGUAUGUCUACCGUGUAGGCGAUGUGCUUUGAUGUUCUUCUCUUAUCAACAGAUCUCCUGUAAAGCUUCACUGCC